UAUCCUGUGGAGAACAGUUACUGUUCAUGAUAAUGAAACCCACAAGUGUAUCUUGUGAGAGGCAAGAACUCCUCUGUGAGAAGCAGAACUCCUCUUUAGCAAAUAGACCAUGCUGUUAAGUUGUUACACCCGUGGAUUGUCACAUUGAGGGAGCCAGUUUUUCUGCUCAUAUCAAAAUACUGGAGAGCUUUGGGAUAUCCAGAGUUGCAAGCCACGUGUGAAGUUCCUCAUGGAGAAAUUUGAAGGACAUAACCGAGACAGAGAGGAUACUUCAAACAGCCAACCCAUCAAAAUCCCAAGACAAGAUGUUCCCACGGGAUUACAGACAAGGAAAGCAGCACUUGAGAAAUUUACAAAUAAAGGAUAUGCUGCAUGUUCUCCAGGACCCAGUAACCUUCACAAACCUGUUCAACCUAAGCCUCCUCUGGCAGUCAAGCCUUCAAGUGAUGAUAAAACAGAGAAAGAUGCAAGCCCGUCACAUUUGAACCCAGUGGCACAAAGAUUUGGUGUACAACUUCAGCCCACUAACAGAGGAAAUGAUGAAAAAUCUGGAUGCACUAAAUUCUCUGUGAAAACCAAUGACCAGUCAAAGGAGGACCCAAAGCCUUUGAACCCAAAACCUGCGUGGAACAAGUUCCUUGCUCCUCCUGAUAAAGAAAAAAAUCCUCUGGGACCAAAAUUGAAUCUUAAUUUUGCAUUACAGGAGAAUGAGGCAAAAGCAGAAUUUUCAAAAGUAGCUGCAGUUAAGGAAAAAUUUAGGUCUGCAACACAAGCAAAUGAGCCCAAGCCUCCUAUUUCUAAACCAUCUCUUGCACAGAAACCUUCUCUAAACAAUGAGGGAUCUCAAAAUGAAGACACUUCUAUUAAAAGCAGUUUUCUGCAAAGACAGUCAGGACCUAGAACAAAUACACAUGCACUCCAAGAAGCAAAGGCAAUGCGUGAAAAUAAUAACUCUGGGGCAGAAGCUGAAGGCAGUCAUUUUCCAAAAAUAGCUCUGAAGCCUCCUGUCCACAGGUCCAGCUUAUCAAAAGGAACCCCCAAAACUGUGGCGGAAAACACUGAAGAAAAGGGAGUGAGCGCUACUGAGAACAUCUUCCUAAACAAAAUCAUCCCAGAAGAAUCAGCUUCUUCUCAUAAAUUCUGUAAGAUGAAUACGGCAUUUGCUGCAGGAAGACCAUCAGGUGAACCACAAGAGAAAGUGGACGAGGACAGGAGUUCUAGAAUGCCCAAGAGGAAAGCCUUGCCCCCACUGUUCAAGCUAGGCCAGCCCCCACAAAAACCCAGCAGACCCCACACUGUGAACUUGGGAAAGUUCCAGAAGAGCCAUCAAAAAAAGAAUCCUCAAAAUGAAGUUUUGAAACAAAAAGCACCUUCCUCAGCAACAGUUGCCCCACCAACACCUCCAUCACACUCUGCUGUGCAGUUACCACCUCCUCCACCAGCCUCUCACCCAUCCCUGCAGGUGACAGCAGCUCCCAGUCUGCCUCCCAGAACCAUCAAGCCCAGCUCUGAAACAAUAAACCUAGACAAUGAAGAAAAUUAUGAUGAUGUUGAAUUUGUUUCACAGGGUCAUGGAAAUACACAGAGGGGCCAAGAAAGUGAUGGAGAGAUGUAUGAGGACAUUAAUGACAUUAGAUCAUCAAGGGGAAAAGAGAAGAAGUGGGACAAAGAAGACAAAAGAAGAAGGGACCAAGAGAAGAAAGAACAAAAGGAAAAAGAAAAGAAAGAGAAUGAACUGAGGAAAAAGUUCAAAUUAACAGGACCCAUUGAAGUACUUCAUCAGGCACGAGCUUGCGUUGACCACAAGGGAGGGAAGAGUGAACUGACUGUCAAACAGGGGGAUAAGAUUGAAAUCAUUCGCCUCACUGACAACCCAGAAGGAAAGUGGCUGGGCAGGAUAAAAGGAUGCUAUGGAUACAUUAAAACAACCGUGGUGGAGAUUGAUUAUGAUUCUUUAAAAAGAAAGCAAAAACCAUCGACUAGAGCUGAUGUGAAACAUACAGAGAGUGAACAAGAAACAUAUGAUGAUGUUGGAGAGCAGGACACUAGUAGCAGUCAAAGUGGUGACCAAGAUGGAGGCAGAAACAUGUUCCCAGCUCCUCCUUCUGAUCAAGACAUUUAUGAUGGAAUUGAUGAUGAAGAUGCUAGGUCUGUAUCGCAGGAUGAAGAUAAGAAUGGUAUCUGGCCCUGGGGAAUCUUGAAGAGGCUAAAGGUCAAAGAUGACAAAAAGAAAAGUUUACGAGAAAAAACAGCCAAAGUCAAUGAGGCAGAAGAAAAUGACAAUUUGUUCAUGUCUUCUUCAACAAAGCAGUCUGAAAAAGAUACACCUGGAAAGAAGCACUCAUUGAAAGACAUCAAAGAUUAUGGAGACAAUGUUUAUGAUGACGUUGACUCCUCAGACUUCCCGCCUCCACCACCUGAUCCCAGUUCAUCAAAAUCAGGAAGCUUUGGAAAACCUAAGUCAGAUGAAAAGGAUGUACAAAAGCUCAAGAAGAUGGAAAAAGAAGAGAAGGAAUUCAGAAAAAAGUUCAAAUUUGACGGUGAAAUAAAAGUUAUUUACUCUACAACCACAGUCCAGAACUUCUCUCAGAAAAGAUGGGGAUAUAAAGACUUACAAAUUAAACCAGGGGAAUCUCUUGACAUUAUUGAAAGUACAGAUGAUACUAAGGUCCUCUGCAGGAACAAAGAAGGAAAAUAUGGCUAUGUUCUGAGAAGCAAUUUAGUUCAGAAUGAUGGAGAGAUUUAUGAUGAUAUUGGUGAGGAUUGCAUCUAUGAUAACGACUCUGAUGCUGAAUUCCCUUGAAAUAAUAACUUACUUGAAGAUCAAACUCUGGUUUGGAAACCCACUUAAGAAAGCAAGAAAAGUCAUAAAUGCUGAUUGCAAGUUAAUUGGUUGCUCUUUUAAAUGUACAAUUAACCUUUUUUGGGAUUUCAGCCUUUUUUCCUCCAGUGCUUUGUACAAAUUUGUAUUCCCAUUUAUCUGAACAUUUAAAAUUCACAGAAUAUGAACUAAAGUUAGGGUUAUAAUUUUUCACUUCCUUUCCACAUUUCUGACCGUCCAUGUAAAAACACUUUAAUCAUCUACUUCCAAAGAGGCCAGUUCACAUCUGUGAAGGGUACUGAGAACAACAACCCCUGGUUUAGUAGCAGGUUUUACUCUGGCUUUCACCUAAAUACCAAAGACAGACACUCUGGGUAGGACAGGACUCAGGAAAAAAAUGGUGAUAACAUCCUGUUGUGAAAAGAAGAAAUCUAAAGUGGGCAUCAGAGAAGGCAAUACAUACAUCAUUGACCUGCCAUUCCAACUGCACUAGUGUUAGCUACACUGACAUAUGCAGCCAUGUUCCAUUCUUGCAAAAAUCUCUUUUUUUGUAUUGUAUUAAUGAUAGAAUAUAAUUCUUUAAAAUUUAUCUGAAGUCUACUUUAGAAUAUAGUAUUCUACUUUAUACAGUUAUGGUCCUCAAAAUAUACUUAGGACAUUUAGGUUAAGAUUUAAUUUCUAUUUAAAGAUAAGUCACUAUGUCAGUAUAGUAAUAUAGGUUUUAUAAGCUAUAAACUGAUGAUAAACUGUUUGGAAAUUACUUAUAGAAUAAAUAUAUUGGUAUAUUUAUCA